AUGGAGGUCUUCAUGCGAGGGAUUCCGUUCAGUAUGGAGCAGCCCCAGCUGAAAGAAGUCCUCGCUCGCAUCUUCCAUAGCUCUGACUACACACAGCACUCCUCGCGACCGCUGAACUUCGAAGUUCGUAUUCUCCGCAAGGCGAACAAGCGGGGUGCGAGGAGCGGGAUCAUCACAGUCCCGACCCAAGCGAUUGGUGAGCAGUUCCUCCGGCAGAAUGGAGACGGUUCAUCUACCAGGCACGAUGGUCUCGCUACUAUCACGUUCGAGCGUGGUAGGAACGCGCCCAACCGCCGAGUCCUCGAGGCCAUACUAGGGAAACCCUAUCAAUCCCCGACAACUGUUUCGCAGCCGCCACACUCACGCGAUAGCGUGUCGAUCGCGCGGCUCCAGUUUGGGUGGGUAUGCAGGAACGAAGAGUACUCCGUGGAAUGGGAGACGAGCUUCCCUACCGCAGGCUCUGCUCUAUUGACGUACAAGGAAGACAGGAGGCAGUUCCAACUGAAAGUCAUGGAUGCGAUCCGUACACGCAUCAUGACGGUUCGUGCCUCUCAGGUUUAUUGGAAUACCGCGAGCGCAGACCAAUCUGGCGAGUCGUCCAUCCUCCUCUGGCUACUGUAUCCACCGUCAUUCGAGGCUGGACCCCCUGACCCAGAGCGCGUUGACGAAGACGAGACUGAUGAUUUCUUGCGAGGGUUUUCCAUGCGCCAACUGUUGGAAGUGCUUGGUAACCGGUCGUUCAAGAUCCAACGGAAGAGACAAGGAGCUUUUGACGAUACCCACCUUCCCGUCGCUCCUUACACCUCGAUCGCCGUCCGUCUCGUCUGCAGCAAUGCGUUUGACGUUGCGAUAUACAAGCGACUGUGCCGAGUUGCCCACCUUCCCGUCGACUUAUCUCCCUACCCUGUCGUGCACCGCGGUCUCUUCUCUGAUUCGGUGCGGGCGGCCUACCAACGAUGGACAGCGACGCUGGAUUUCGCGGUCGCCUUCCAACUCGAGCUUCUGCGUCCCAACGUCGACCAUAUGGUCUCACGCUACGGAGCAGACGUAGCGAGCGCGUUACUCGCGGACCUCAAGACACGACUAGAGGCGCGAGUAUGGUAUGGCGAUGGAGUCGAUAUCGAUGAAGAUACCGUCAAAAACCUGCUCACCACUUGCAUUCGACAACUUAACCGCAAAGCUCGUGUUCAGCCACUACCCCAUUCCGAUCUCUUUAUGUGCAACCAUCUCUACGUAACCGCUAGCGCGUUCGUUGCGGACGGGCCAUCUCCGGAGCGAUCGAACAGAGUUAUUCGCCGAUACUGGGAUCACAGGGACUGUUUCCUUCGCGUCCACUUCACUGAUGACAACCAACUCGCUUACCGCUACGACGCAGAAAUCAACCUGCAAGACUUGGUCGACCGACGCGUCAAACGCUUCCUCCUCGAGGGCGUUUCCGUAGCUGGCCAGCGCUUCGAGUUCCUCGGUUAUUCGCAGUCUGCCCUCAAGAGCCACUCGGUUUGGUUCGUGAAACCAUUCAAGGACACCGAUGGUCGAACUAUCGACGCGGCGACGAUCAUUGAUGGGCUCGGGUCCUUCGCAGACAACCCGUACGACCCCCAGCUCAUCUUCUGUCCCGCUCGAUAUGCCGCCCGUAUCUCACAGGCAUUCAGCGCCACCGAAUCGUCGAUCGCGGUUGCAGUGGAGGACAUGGAGAUCAUCGACGACAUCAAGGACAGGACAGGCACAUACUCGUUCACUGACGGGAAUGGUACGAUGUCGCUCCAGGUCGCACGAGACAUAGCGGCCGACCAGCGGUCGAAAAGCCGAGUCAGACGUGCAUGGCGAGGCUCCAUUCCUCGGGUCAUACAAGUGCGCAUCGCUGGAUCGAAAGGGAUGCUCCAUGUCGAUCAUAGAAUGGAAGGGGGAAAGAUACGCUUGCCCCGCUCAAUGGUGAAGUUCGCGGCUCCCACCUCGAAUAGCAUCGAGAUCGCGCAGGUGUUCGAGGAGCCAUCCCCUUUCUACCUCAAUCGACCGAUGAUCAUGCUUCUGGAGGGCCUGGGAGUGCCGUACGAAGUCUUCCGGAGGCUGCAAGACGACACGGUCCGAGCGACCCAUACGCUCACGGAAUCGUUGGCGAACUCGGGAUGGCUACUCGAGAUGCACGGGCUAGUUGCCGAGUUGAACGCGGUUGGCUAUUGGCAGCGGGCGAUGACGUUCGCCGUCAACCAUUACCUGGUGGUGGACCUGGUCGGGGUCGCAGACUUCCACGGCCAGCUACGCGAAGGCGAGAUCUACGCUCGUGUAAAGCCUACAAACGGACACGAGGUCGUACAUGCGAUUGGCAAGCCACCGGAGGGGUCGGAUCUCGCCAAGGGAGACUUGAAGAACUGCAUUGUAUUCUCGACCCGAGGUGAAAGGCCGUUGCCAUCCUACCUCGGGGGUGGAGAUCUCGACGGAGACAUGUACAAUGUCACUUGUCCCUGCCAACGCAAAAUACUUCCACAACCGAGUACCAUGCGCGACGUUGCUGACUUUGUGGCGGAGUUCAUCAUCAGUGACAACGUCGGCAUUGUUGCAUCGACGUGGCUGAUCCUCGCCGACAGAGUAGGGAUCUUCGACCCACACUGUCUCCGGCUCGCCGAGCUGCACAACGCCGCAGUCGACUACCCCAAGACCGGGCUGCCGGUGUCUAUCAACGAAGUACGACCUAUGCAAAAGCUCACCCAGGAGAAGCCAGAUUGGUAUAUGCCGGAGACAAUUACUGGCCGGCAGCCGAGAUACUACCAGAGCACCAGUGCUCUCGGUCGCUUGUUCCGCGCCAUUGACUUGCCCGACCAAGAAGAGCGAAACAUGGAGUCGUCUUACUUCGGCUUGCCCGAGAUAGACGAGGAAGGCGGGGUCACGCUGCAAGAUGUUCUCAUUGACAUAACCGACAAUCCGUUCAACCACCGCGCUGUUCUCCAAUCCGUGACCACUGAGGUACGAACAUACCUGGGGCGCUAUCGCCCUGACGAGCCUCUGGUGACUACAACCUGGAACCUUUUCAUUAUUUACGCCUCUCGCCUCCGGGAGAUCUGCGCCACGCAUGCCGUCUCAGCGUCCCGUUCGUCCAUGCUCUCGGAGGAGGAAGUCAUCAUUGGGACGAUCUCGGCGAAGUGCGCGCAGACACGCAAGCGCACUGACAUGACCGCCAAGUUGCGCGAGCAGACGGCGACGCUCGUAAACGGCAUCUGUGCGGAACUGUCCGGAGACGAGGGUAUCGCUCCGUCGACACACUUGAAGCAAGCCUGGACGGCGUACAGAGUGUCGUGCACGCUCUCUGGUUGGUUUGGCGGACAGAGCUUCGGCUGGAUCGCGCUUGGCGAACUAUUCGACGCGAUCCGUGAGGUGCAGGAGGAGGACAGGGAAAGCGUUGGGGGUCUUCCGGCUUGA